GCCGCCCCGCCCCGCCGGCCGCCGCCGCCAUCGCCAUGAAGUGCCACUACGAGGUGCUGGGCGUGAGGCGCGACGCCGCCGAGGAGGAGCUGAAGCGGGCGUACCGCCGGCUGGCGCUGCGCUGGCACCCGGAUAAAAACCUCGAGAACGCGGAGGAGGCAGCGGAGCAGUUCAAGUUGAUCCAGGCGGCGUACGACGUGCUCAGCGACCCACAGGAACGGGCCUGGUAUGAUAGUCACAGGGAGGCUCUGCUGAAAGGAGGAGCUGAUGGAGACUAUCAAGAUGAUAGCUUGGAUCUGCUGCACUACUUCACUGUUAGCUGCUACUCUGGAUAUGGGGAUGAUGAAAAGGGAUUCUUUACAGUGUAUCGACAAGUUUUUGAGAAGAUUGCGAAGGAAGAGCUGGAAUAUAUGACACAGGAAGAUAUUGAAGAAUUCCCUAUGUUUGGAUAUUCCCACAGUGACUAUGAUACGGUAGUCCACCCUUUCUAUGCAUAUUGGCAGAGUUUCUGUACACAGAAGAACUUUGCUUGGAAAGAAGAGUAUGACACACGACAAGCCUCAAACCGCUGGGAGAAACGAGCUAUGGAAAAAGAGAACAAGAAAACGAGGGAGAAAGCAAGGAAAGAAAGGAAUGAGCUGAUCCGUCAGCUAGUAGCCUUUAUUCGUAAGAGGGAUAAAAGAGUACAGGCUCACAGAAAGCUUGUGGAAGAACAAAAUGCAGAAAAAACUAGGAAAGCAGAAGAAUUUCGGAGGCAACAGAAGCUAAAACAAGCCAAGCUUGCUGAGCAGUACAAAGAGCAGAGCUGGAUAACUAUGUCAGAUCUGGAGAGAGAGCUGCAAGAGAUGGAGGCACAAUAUGAAAAGGAAUUUGGAGAUGGAUCAGGUGGUGAAGAUGCGUUAGAAGAACAGGAGACAAAAAGCAUUGAAGACAAACUGAAUGAUGAAACUGAAGAAGCUGAACUUGUUGAUGGUCUGUACUGCCCUGCUUGUGACAAAUUGUUAAAAACUGAGAAAGCCAUGAAGAAUCACGAGAAAUCAAAGAAGCAUCGAGAGAUGGUAUCGCUGUUACGACAGCAGUUGGAAGAGGAGGAAGGGAAAUUUGCUGUGUCUUCAGAUGAUGCAGAUGGAAUACAGACCAAAGAGGAGGAAGAAACAGAAGACAUACCCAAACAGAAACUCUCAAAGAAACAAAGGAAGAAGCAGAAAACAAUGAAGAGUUAUGAGGACUCUUUUGAUCAAAGUGCUGACGAAGAAACAGUUGAACAAAAGGAGGUGCCCAGCAUGGAAAAGGACAGUGGCUCAACAGAGGAGUUGGUAAAUGAUGGCCAAAGAUGUGCUGUGUCAGAGGGCACAGGCAUUACAGAUGAUGUCAGCCAAGAGAAUGAAACAAAAAGUGAAGCAAAAAGCACUAAGUCUAAAGGGAAGAAAGCCAAGGAAGCAAAAAAGUCUGCUAAGGUGUCUUCAGAGGGCUCAGCAAUGAAUGAAGUUCCUAUCCACUGUGUAACCUGCAACUGUACAUUUCCAUCCCGAAAUAAAUUGUUUGAGCACCUGAAAGUCACAGGACAUGCAAGAGCAACAACAACACCAACUGUAAAUGGAGCUGUGAACACCAAAAACAAAAAAGAGAAACGUAAAAACAGAUAGAACUUUGCUGUAGUGACAGUCUUCAGAAUUGUACAGUAACACUCUGAAAAAACUGAAACAUGCACACUGCCUGUGUCUGGACUUAAACAAAGAAGGCAAAUACCAAUGUAGGAAAAAAAUGAAGAUGCACAAAAGGAAUACUGUCUUGUGGAAGACUCUGUGCUUUCUUCUGUUCUUAAAAGCCUUCCUUUAAUCAUAGAAUGGUUUGGGGUCAGGGCAGAGGUGGAUGUUCCUUCCACCAGGCCACCUUGUCUAAAGCCCUGUACCCUGAGCAGCUUUCACACCACAGGUGGGGAAAUAGUAAUUCAAAGCUAUUCACCCUGUGUUCCUGUAGAACCUGCAUGGAUUAUUUCCACACAGAGGAAAUAAUAAAUUAUUUUGACAUGUG